CUAAAUGACUUGUUUUCCGUAUUCUAAUUGCUGAACAAUCUAUGUGGUAAUUGAAACGCCGUCAACCUGCGGCUACCAAACCGGAAACCGUCGACACUGACCUCGCCGGUGAGACCAACCCCACAGCCAUAGGCGUAUUUGGAUUGUUGGGUUAUUAAUGAAGACAUCAAAACUUUCAACCAAUCCACAUUUACUUUGUCACACAACAUACAGUUGUGGCAACCAAAGCUGGUGGUUUGCCAUAAAAAAUUGACAUUUCUUCGUUUUUCUUUAUAAAGGAACUCCUCACCUAAUAGUAUGAGCGCAUUGAAAUUUCUCAACUACUUCCUCAGUUCUAAAUUUGCACCUCUUCACUCUUCAUAUAUUCAGUAUCGUUUUUCGUCUCCAAAAUAUCAUAGCUUUAUCUCCUCCCAACUUCGCCUCUUAUCCUCUGCUACAAGUAGCAUAAGCUAUAUGGAGCUGGUCAAGGAAGUUGCCAGCAAGGGACCUGAAUCGCAGAAGAAUAUUGCGAUAAGAGCUGAUGAAAAGAGCUACAGUUACCUGCAGUUGAUAUCAUCUGCGAGGAGGAUUUCAAAUUUGUUAAGCAAACUAGAGCUUAAAACUGACAAAGGCAUCAAAGAAAAUGUACAUCACAAUGGAGCAAGAGUAGGGAUUGUGGCCAAACCUUCUGCUGAGUUUGUUGCUGGAAUACUAGGGACCUGGCUUAGUGGAGGUUGUGCAGUCCCUCUUGCUUUGAGCUACCCUGAGAGUGAACUGCUACAUGUGAUGAAUGACUCGGACGUCUCUAUAAUUUUGAGCACUGAAGACCACCAAGAACUUAUGAAUACAAUUGCAGCAAAAACUGGUGCUCAGUUAUCUCUCAUUCCUUCAAUUCCCGAUGUGCAUUCAUCAACAGAGCAUGACCAGUCAAAAGACAUGGUUUCUGACGGUCAACAGGAUCUGCUAGAAAUCAAUUCCUACGGCGAGAACCCUGCUUUUAUCUUGUACACCAGCGGCACAACAGGGAAACCAAAAGGAGUUGUCCACACACACAAUGGAGUCUUAGCACAGGUCCAAAUGUUAGCUAACGCAUGGGAAUACACGUCCAAGGAUCAAUUUUUGCACAGUCUACCACUCCAUCAUGUGCACGGACUUUUCAAUGCUUUACUUGCCCCUCUUUAUGCAGGUUCCACGGUCGACUUUGUGCCAAAAUUCAGUGUGAGGGGAAUUUGGCAGAGAUGGCGUGAAUCAUAUCCUACAGAUGGGACUAUUAUGGAUAAUGCCAUUACGGUGUUUACUGGAGUUCCAACUAUGUAUGCACGAUUGAUACAAGGUUAUGAAGCAAUGGAUCCAGAACUAAAAACAGCUUCUGCUUCAGCAGCAAGGCACUUGCGUCUUAUGAUGAGUGGCUCCUCUGCACUUCCUCUGCCCGUCAUGCAGCAGUGGGAAACCAUUACUGGACACCGCUUAUUGGAACGUUAUGGCAUGACUGAGUUUGUGAUGGCAAUCUCUAAUCCCAUAAGAGGCAAGUGCAAAGGAGGUACUGUUGGCAAGCCAUUUCCAGGUGUGCAGGCCAAGAUUCUUUUGGAAGAUGAAAGUAGUAAUGACAAAAGUGGAGUUGGAGAGCUGUGCAUUAAGAGUCCAUCAUUGUUCAAAGAAUACUGGAAAUUACCUGAGGUAACCAAGCAGUCAUUUACUGAUGAUGGAUAUUUCAAGACUGGAGAUACUGUUACAGUUGACGAAGACGGAUAUUACAUCAUUUUGGGACGUACAAAUGCUGACAUUAUGAAGGUUGGUGGAUACAAAUUAUCAGCAUUGGAAAUUGAAGCAGUUCUGUUAGAGCAUCAAGCUAUAGCAGAGUGUUGUGUGUUAGGCUUGCCUGACAGAGAUUAUGGCGAAGUGGUAUGUGCAAUAGUUGUGCCUGCGGCUGAAGUAAAAAGAAGACGAGAUGAGGAGCUAAAGCCUGCACUAACCUUGCACGAACUUUCUGAUUGGGGCAAGGAGAAACUUGCCCCAUACAAGAUACCAACUCGUCUGUUUCUGUGGGAAUCUCUGCCUCGAAAUGCUAUGGGGAAGGUAAAUAAGAAAGAGCUGAAAAGGAAGCUGGCUGACGAUCCCAAAUGAGUUUAAAUUGGUCAGAAAGCAAGUACAAGAUGGAGUAUCAGAAAGUAUAAUAAUGUCACUCUAUGCUUAUUAGUCCAGACAGUGAAUAGAGUGGAAGUGCAGAGGAGAUUUUUAUUUACCUUUGAAAGAAGAACAUUCGUAUGUAGUUAGCAUAUUGGAUUUUUAGGAACUUUAAUGAGAAAAGACGACGUUGUGUGCAUUUGAAUUUACAAAACAUGUUAGAGUUGAUACAUGGAUACUGUAUAUCCAAGAUAGGACUCGUGAGCCCUACGAAUUUUACUUGUAAAAUGGAUGGUGUCUUGUGGAUCUGUAUUUCAAAGGAUUUUUUGCUGUUUUACAAGUAAAUUGCAGCAUAUACAGAUAAACUUAUGUAAA